AUGGAUUUAAAUCUUGUUGGCAAAAAAGAUGAUAUUGUUACUGAAUUUCAUCUCUUGCCCAAUGUUCAUAAUCUUUGUUCGAUGACUUAUGAUAUAAAGACGAAACUAGUAUUUGCUACAUGGCAACAUGGAUCGAUUGAUCGCGAUCUCGUCAUGCUCUAUAUGGAUCCCUACACAAGUAGAUUGAGCAAUGAAACACUGCUCUUAAAAACACCAAAUGAAUGGGUAGUUGAAUCUAUUCAAGCUAUUUUUGAUGAACAAACUCGUCAAAUAUUAUUUGUUAUCGAACAUCAACAAGAGAGUACGUUUGAUGAAAAAUAUUGGUUAAUGUUUGUUGAAUUUGAUACGAUGAAAGUGAAUAUGAAAAAACAAAUUACUAAACCUGAUUUUGACAUAUGGGAAUUGUUUAUUAUUCCAUAG